AUGUCAAUAUCUGUUCAUCUAACAGUGAAGGUGAAGCACUAUGAGUGUUCCUCGAAGCCGAAAGAAUUUGUAAUCCGGAAAAGUGUAAGGGCUUUUAAAGACAAAGGAAUCAUUAUUCAACUUGAGUCAAGAAAUAAGAUAGCCGAAUCAAGUUUACUAUUAUUUAAAGCUUGUACAUCAUCUAUGCUGAUGGCGCCUGGCAUCGAAUUAUUUGAUAGGCGCUUUGAGGGAAGUAAAGCAAGCAACCUACUCCUCAUUGAGUUAAUGCUCCAAGAAAUGUGUCUCCCAGCAUUGGACGAGCGUUCCUGUGCCGGUUUAAAAGGAAGGAAGCUAGGCUUUGCUUUAAAAUGUAGAUACAAUGUACCAGUAGUAACCAAACCCUCCAUCUGUCGAGCUUUCCAUUCGCUCCCGAUAGGUAAGCAUAGCUAUCCUAAUCAUGAAUGUGGAAAACCGGAGCAAUUCAGCUUCAACAGUGUUGGUGUUUUUGAACAAUACAUGAUUUGUACAACUAAUUACUCUCUAAUUAUCUCUACUUUGCCUCUUCUGCAAGCCACGGAAUAUGUCGUAUUGCCAAAAUUUUAUCCUAUAGCAUAUAAAACAUUAGCAAGAAAUGACAAUCUUAAAAGACGACAAAACAACAAACCUACUCUCCUACAAAAUAAAUCAAGUUUAGACAAAUUUAGCAAAACGGAGGAUUUUAAGAGUUACCUCUCCGAGGUGUCCGGAGAGUUGGAACAAUCAAAAACCCCGGAUCUCAUGCCAGAGAUGCCAACUGCAAGUUCUGACCACAAACCUGUGAAGGAAGACUACUGGUUUCGUGCAACUAGUCAAUCUGACCAUGUUGACUGUUGUGACGAGGACAGUAUGUUCUCCGAUGAGACUUGUCCUUGUGGACGGAGCACCACUUCCACACAAACGGGUUUGAAACUUCAAGGUCGCAAUGUGAGUUCCAAGCUAAUGAUGUGUGGGAAGAAGAUAAAACCGUCUAGUAGAAAGAAAGUUUUAAAAACUUGUGAUUCAUUGUCGAAAUUACCAUGGUACUUGAGGUUCCUUACAGUUUUGCAUGAAGGAAAACUAACUAAACUAGUUUUUUGA